AAUGGGAAAACCGGGAAAUGCCGUUGUGCCCGAGGAUACAGAGGAGUACACUGCGAACACACUUGUGUUCCGGGCACUUUCGGUGCCAACUGUUCCAAGAAGUGUCGCUGCGCCAACAACGCCGAGUGCGAUCGAGCGACGGGCAAGUGUUUCUGCACGUCGGGUUGGCACGGACCUCACUGCACCAUGCCCUGUCCCGAGGGCCGGUACGGACGCAACUGCAGCCGGCACUGCGAGUGUGAGCCGAACGCGGUGUGCGAUCCCAUGAGCGGCGCCUGCACCUGCGGGCCCGGAUGGGUGGGCAGCUUCUGCGAGCGCCGAUGCCCCGAUGGUUUCCACGGGCUCGAGUGCAAGCUGCGCUGUCGCUGCCCCAAUGGACGGGGAUGUCACCACGUCACCGGACAAUGCGGAUGCACCGACAAAUCGGGGGGCGACCACUGCGCGACUGUCGCGUCCUUUCAAGAGCUCUUUGCUGAAGGAAAUACCCCGACGGAGACCACGCUGGAGGCCUUGAUCGCAGUCCCCAUCGAUUCCAAGCCCCACUGCCGCUGCUUGCACGGAGCCACCUGUUCUCAGGUUGACGGCACGUGUCACUGCAGCCCGGGUUUCCAGGGUCGCCACUGUGAAUUAGUCUGCCCGGAAGGUUUCUUCGGAGAAGGCUGUGCCCAGAGGUGCAACUGCAGGCCAUGGGAACCCUGCGAUCACGUCACGGGAGCCUGCCGCUGCCAGCCCGGUAAAGAAGGGCCAAGUUGCGAGCAAAAGUGUAAGGACGGCUGGUACGGUCACGGAUGUUCGCAGCGGUGCAGUUGUCCCGCCGGGAUCGGCUGCCACCACGAGAGCGGAGACUGCCUGUGUCGUCCCGGCUUCAAAGGCAAACAGUGCAACGAAGCUUGUCCAGUCGGCUCAUAUGGAACAGGCUGCAAACGGAAAUGUCUCUGCCAACACGGACUUUGCGACCGUGCGUCCGGAAAAUGCGACUGCUUUCCCGGCUACACCGGAAGCAUCUGUGACCAAGCGUGUCCUGACGGUAGCUUUGGGAAGUACUGCAACAGCUCCUGCAACUGCCAGAACGGCGGUGUUUGCAACUUCACCGAUGGCAGUUGUCGAUGUCCAGCGGGCGUCACCGGACAGCGUUGCGAAAAAGACUGCCCACCCGGUAAGCACGGUCCCGGGUGCUCUUUGAACUGCUCCUGCUCUCACGGUCACUGCGACUCGAAGACAGGAGCGUGCCUCUGCUCGCCUGGCUUUCAAGGAACGAGGUGCGACAAGGUGUGUUCCCCGGGCAACUACGGUCCAGGCUGCUCUCUCAAGUGCGAGUGUCGAAACAACGCGUCUUGCGACUCUGUGACCGGAACUUGCAGCUGCAAACCGGGCUUUACGGGACCAACUUGCUCGAAAGAAUGCCCGAAAGGCACGUUCGGCGAGUACUGCGCGAUGAACUGUCACUGUCAAAACGGAGAACGCUGCGACCCAAGUACAGGACUGUGCAGCUGCGCUGACGGCUUUGUGGGAGAAUCCUGUGAGCAAGCGUGCGACCAGGGCUGGUACGGCAAUCACUGUGCGCUUCGGUGCUCCUGCAGUGGCCAUGGCUGCGACGGCGUCACGGGGAAAUGCCGAUGUCCCCCUGGGCGUGUUGGUCGUCACUGCGAGAAAGUUUGCUCGGACAAGUUUUACGGACCAGGCUGCAGCCUACUGUGCAAAUGUCCUCGCGGAUCAAAAUGCAAUCCCACAAAUGGUCAAUGCAGCUGUCCUUUCGGACUGUCCGGUCCGCUGUGCACUGAAAGUGAGACGGAAGAUACACUGUAUGAAAGAUCAACGCUCACCUAAGGUUGAGCAAAUGGAAAGAUCUUCGUCCGCCACUGCCAUGAGCUCCGACGCGCACGACAGGAGCCUGACGACGCCCGCACAACCCCCGGACAGGAGGUAUCCCGGAUCUUGGACAAUCCUGCCGCUCGCCCUCAGGAAAUUGGACACGCACCGAGCGCACAGUCCGUGCUCGCUGCGUCUCUCUAUGGCUCGCUUCGUUGAGGACAGUAUUAUCUGAGGCACUUUGCAAGACUUG